UUCCUUUGGCUACAAUGUAGUACUUUCUGUUUCCGCAUUGGUGUAUUUACUGUUUGUUUUUUAAUGUGACUGAAGUCCGUUUUCUUUACAAGGUGUUUGUGUAGUUUUUUUAAAUAUAUAUGUGUUAAUGUUCCUGCUUAUCUGUAAGCGACUCAAGGGCUUGGCAUUACACUUACUGCAUUAAAUGUCACGCGGAAACAAAAUCAAUUGGCGACGUGAAAGCAGGAACUUUUUGUCAUCCGUGUUGUGAAGGUUCGGCGCAUUUCCCUGUUGCUUUUAGAGGAGACCGUUUGACAAGUGCGAUUUCAUUUUUUUAAUUUUGUUUUCUCCAUGUUCAUCACGAUUAUAUUUGGUUUGCUGGUCUUGUGCCAGCACACCUCUUUUGUCACUGGAAUUCCUGUCGCUGAGAGGGACCUGAACAGAAAUUUGGGACAUGUUGUUCUGGAAAUGAAGCAGCACUUCACCUGGAGAAAUAUGACUUGUCCGCUGUGUAAAACCGCCUUCGGUAUUCUUAAUAUCGCCAUGCAGAUUGAGAAAAAUAAAGACUAUGUGGCAUCAUUGUCUGCCAAAAUCUGUGUCUGGCUGCACUUUGAAGAGCCUAACAUUUGCACAAAAAUAACUGAACUGUUCAAGGAAGAUGUUAUAGCUGCUGUCAUGGAUUCUGUGCUCCGGCCAUCUGAAAUAUGUGCAGUGCUGUUUGGAGAGCAAUGUGGUCAUUUUGACAUCUUUUCAGAGUGGAACAUCACACUGCCUCGCACACCAAAGCCUCCGGUGAUCCCUCCAGUGCCUCCUAACCCAAGUGCUCCUCGUAGCAGGAUCCUUUUUCUCACCGAUGUACAUUGGGAUCGUGAUUAUGCAGAGGGCAGUAGUAUUGAUUGUAAGGAACCACUGUGCUGCAGGAGUGAUUCAAGCCCAGCACACCAUCAUCAAACAGGUGCUGGACGCUGGGGUUCCUACAGUAAAUGUGAUCUGCCUUUGCACACUGUAGAGAACCUCUUACAACAUUUAGCUGCUACUGGUCCAUGGGAUUGGGUCUACUGGACUGGAGACAUUCCAGCUCAUAAUGUGUGGGAUCAGACUCGUGAUCAGCAGCUGCUUGAAAUAAAAACAAUUUCCAAGCUUAUCCGCAAGUACCUGGGUAAUCUGCCUGUGUAUCCUGCUGUGGGAAAUCAUGAGAGUGCUCCUGUGAAUAGUUUCCCACCACCAUUCAUUAUUGGAAAUCACUCCUCAUCAUGGCUUUAUAACGCAAUUGCAGAUGAAUGGGCGGUUUGGCUAGCCCCGGAGGCACAGAAGACAAUAAGAUGGGGAGGUUUUUACACAAUGCAGAUUCGGCCUGAUCUGCGCUUGGUUUCCCUCAACAUGAAUUUCUGCGCUAAGGAAAAUUUUUGGCUGUUGGUUAAUGAUACAGACCCAGCAGGUCAGCUUCAGUGGCUUAUUGGUGUUCUGCAGCAAUCUGAAAUGAAAGGAGAAAAGGUUCAUAUCAUUGGUCAUAUUCCACCAGGACUAUGUUUGAAAACUUGGAGCUGGAACUACUAUAAAAUUGUAAAUAGGUUUGAAAGCACAAUUGCAAGUCAGUUCUUUGGACAUACGCACCUUGAUGAAUUUCAGAUGUUUUAUGAUGAGGAAACUCUCACUCGCCCAGUGUCCGUUGCAUUCAUUGCACCCAGUGUUACAACUUUUAUUAAUCUCAACCCAGGUUAUCGAGUCUACGAGAUUGAUGGAGAUUACCCUGGAAGCUCAAGGAUAGUUGUAGACCAUGAAACCUACAUCCUUAACCUAACUGAAGCAAACAUGGAAUCUACCUCUAUCCACUGGAAACGCCUGUACAAUGCCCGAGAAAAUUAUGAACUGAAGACUCUGUUUCCCUCAGACUGGGAUAAUCUUAUCCGCACAUUCCAGAAGAAUGAUAGUGUGUUCCAGAAUUUUUGGCAUCUUUAUCAUAAGGGUCACAUUUCAGAGCCCUGUCAAAACGCCUGUAAAGCUACAGUACUGUGCUCCCUCCGUUCAGGUCGGUCUGGUGAUCCUCAGCUAUGUCUUGAUAUGCUUCCAGGUCUGUCUUACAGUGAAAUAGAGAAAGCAAGGUAUCGAACAACAAUGUGUUAAUUAGGGAGAUUAUUUAACAAAUUAGAUAUAAAGAAAUACAUGUAAAAAAAUAAUGUGAGCAUUACAUGCUUUACAUCCCCUUGUAAAUGUAUAGUUAGAAUCUUAAUAACAUGUAAAACAGUACUGAGGGACUAAACUUAAUUUUUAAAUGUUAAUUUAAUAGACUUUAUUUUAUUUAUGCAUUUGUGUAUUUAAGAAACCUGGACCACAAGUGUUUUAUCCUUCCUUGUACCUAAAGAUUUCCUUUGGGUGGAAAUGUGAGGUUUUUAGAAAUGUGUAAUUUUUAUUUUCAUUUUCUUUUUAAUUUUAUACUAAAUCCUCAAUUUGCUUGACUUCUAAGAUCCUAAAAGCACACGGGCUUGUAAAGUUAACUGGGUCCGAUUCACUUUAUUUAUUAAGUGCAAUUUACUUCUGAACAAGAGGACUGCAGAAGCAUUGGGUUAAUUUCAGUGUUUAAGAAAUCUUCUCAUCGAAUCCAAUGAUGAACUCAAGGCAUUCACCGUAUCAGAUUGGGUUUUGUUACUAAAUGAAGUUAAUAGUUACAGUGCUGUCUGUUUUUGUUAGUUGUGAAAAUGAGCAUGAGCAUGGGCAUUUCCCACUUUCACUUACUUACUCAUAGUACAGGGAAGUCUGUGCUGUGUCACAAAGGUCACUGUGGCUGCAGCUGCCAUAACCAGAGAAGGGCUCUCAAUCAACAAAAGAUUUCUUCUGCAAAAAUAUGCAAGAUCAAAGGAGGGGGGGGGGGCAUUUUUGCACACUUUAGUCCACUUUAUUUUGGCAUUUUGAUUGAUCCCUUUUUUGUGUUUGUUGUCAUUGAUGAUAAUAUUGGGUAGCUGCAGACUUCUCUUUGCUAUGCAACAAGUAUUGUCAGUGUGCAUGGCACUGGCAGUGGCUUUAUCGAUGACAUUUUAUAUAAAGCAAAUGCUAAACAAUGCACACUCAGUGUUGCUUUUGUUACAGUCAUUACCUAGAAAGAAAUGUUGAUGCCAGAUGUUUCUUAUGACUGCUAAAUCACUCAGGUGCCAGAUUAUAUGCAGUCUUAGCCACAAGACAAAAUCCGUACCCAAAAUUCAGUGCAUCAUCAGAAUGUUUAAUUAGUGGCAGAUCUGAGCUCAGGAAUGAUGGAUUGCCAAUGUCAGACCUGAAUAAAAGAUCACAUUACUCAAGAGCUUUGCCUUAACUUGUACAUAAAUGUAGCAGUAGCUGGGACCCCCAUGCAAUAUACAUGGCUGUUAUUUUAAUUUUAAGGAUGCUGUCUAAGCUCCAGCACCUGAGGCUUGAAUCUUGUAAAACUCAGGGUCACUUUUUUCGUGAUUAGAGCUUUAAGUUCUCCCCAGGUGAUCUCCCCCCAAUUCAAACCGCUAUGCAUUUUCUUUUCUUUUCCUCACCUAAAUAAAAAGCCUUCAUCUACCUGAUUCACAUCUAAACAGACAGUCCUAAUGUUUGCCUUAACAAUGGGCUGGUCUUAUUUCAGUAACUAUACAGAUUUAAUCAGUGGAGCCAUGACGGAAUUUUGCCUCUCCUUUGACGGUGAUUGUAUAAAACCUAAAGAUUCAAAAUACACUUAUUUCUGUUUUUUCCUUUAUUUUGAUAGCAGCAGUACCAUACAUAUAAUAAUAGAGGCAACACGCACUAAUGCAAUCUGUAUCUAGACGUGAGGUUAGAACAUUGGCAGUACUUGCUCCGUUCAGCUUGCGUCUUUAGAAUGCAGUCUGGUGUUCUGAAAUAUGUAGGCCCAAGGAUGAAAUAUCAUGAAUGUAGACGCGGGUAGUAUUAAUUUUUUUUCAGCUUCUCACACACCUAAUGGCACUUGAGGCUGAAAACAAAGAUUCACGCAGGGUAUUAAAGGAGUCUAUUGCUAGCAUAAAAAUGUCUUCUGUGGAUUGUUUAUCCAGUAAGCCAGUCUGUUCUGUCUAUUGGCUGUUAAUCCAGCACGCUAAUAUUUCUAGCUAGCUUUGUGCUCCUUUUGGUCAGUCCUACUUUAUUAUGCUUUGUGCUUUUCGGUGGUCCAGAGCAAGGGUUUGUUUAAGCAGUAUUUCCCAGCAAAAUGAAUCAUACACUUUAAAGUAAGCUUUAGAGAGAAAUUAUGUGCUUCAGUGUUUCCGUUCACACAGCGAUUUGUUCACAUCACUGGUUCUUCAUAGCAGGCUCUUGCCUUGAUUAUGAUGCUCAGCAGAGCCAGCGGUGCGCUCAUCAAGUAGUGGUCAGUGGUGCACAGGUUUCCUUGUCAAGACUUAGGAAGGGUGGUUUCAUUUCAGUCUUCAUCUCAUUGUCUUUUUUUUUUUUUGGGUGCCUUAGAACCUAGUAGGAUUAUUGAAAGCUGAAUGUUGUGAAAGUUGAGCUGUUUGCUAGAAGUAGAACCAAGCACUUACUUGCUGCUGUUACAUUAAGGAGGAAAAGUCACGAUUUUUUAUGUUUUAAUAACACAAAGUACUCUUUGAUGUGGACGCUUCGGAAUGGGUGGGAAAUACGGUGUGAAAUGAUUUAGCCCCUUUUUGUUAAGAGAGGGGUCCAGUGAUGUAACUGGUCUAGCAUGGACAUGCAGGAAGAACUGAAAUCCCAAGAAGCAAUGUAGCGGUUAGGGAAGCAGGCGGGCUGUGCACAGAUUAGUCCACCUCAUUGCGUUGAGUUCUUGAGCCAGCAUAAUUCUUUGCCCAUAACAUUACCAGUCGGCUCUUUUCUGGAUAUCUAUAUCAAAACAUCUUCAUUGUUGCACACCGCCUAAUUUCUAAAGGUGAAAGGGAAUUUCAGUGAAAGGAGGCAGAAUUAGAAUCCAAAAUGUAAUCUUCAAAUCAACGUCUCUGCUACUUUUUGAAUUGAGUGAGUUUACCUGCAAAAAAGACCUUGGAAAAAUGGCGGUGCCCCUAAAUCUUAGUGAGGGAGUGGGCUAAGAUAUGCAUAUUUAGCUUUAUAAUAAUAAUACAGCUUAACAUACAACUCUGUGUCACUAAAGUGUUGUAUUUUUUUAUUAACGUGUGGAAACACACCAAAUCAUUUUGGUGCAGUAGUCAGUCAGUCAGUAAUUUUCUAAACCAUUUAACCCUGAACAGCAUAGGAUGCAAUGUAGGAACCAACCCUUGCCAGUCCAUCACAGGGGAAGCGCACACACCGCAACUACACACUAGUGCCAAUUUAGUGUCGCCAGUUCAUUUAAUCUGCUUGUCUUUGGACUGUAGGAGGAAACCGGACCACCCGGAGGAAACCCACGCCGACAGUAGACCUAAAUUAAAGGUAUCAUCAUUUUGUGAACAUACACAAAUGAAGUGGCCACGUGUAUCUAACAGGUCACCUUUGCUGUGUGUCUCAAAUUGUAUUUUCAUUGAAAUCAAGAACAGAUGAAACCCUGUGGUGUUACCAUUUAUUUGAAUUAUACCAAUUAUGUUUAAAGUCCCUGAAAAGUUAUUUAUUUUAGUGUCAUUCCUGCUGCUGUGUUUCAGUGAUGUUCCUGCCUUCACUUGCCAUUAUGUGUGUAAUUUUGGUGAUGAAGGAUUGGCGUAUUAGUUUGGUCUUAACAUGUAUUCUGAAUUGAGAUGGCUGCACACAUGUGGAGGAGUUCACUUUUAAACUCUCUACUCCAUUCCUGCCAGUGCUGCUAUGUGAAAGCAGGCGAGUGUGAGACAGCUGAAGCAGCACAUGGCAUCUGUGAACGUCUGGUGUGGGCCGGGUGGCACGUGCCCACGGCUAACUGCACCCUCACAGGUAACUGAAGACCCUCCCCCAUACUUCCUUUAGAAACCUUUAUUUUGAUGGGUUUUUUUUUUUUAUUAUAAUGAUGAUUGUAUUAAUGAAGAUCAAUUUCUAUUUUGGUUAAUGAAAUUAUGUUUUGCAAAGUUUUGCACUUUGAAAUGAUUGAAGCAAUUUUUCAUUGUUAUAAAAUUCAUGUGUUAACGAUGCAUUUUAAAGUUUAAAUUUAAGAUGUUUAAUUUUAUGUUCAUUGUCUCAUUUUUGGACUAGGCAGUUCUAGUCAAGUCUGUGCUGUAAAUAUGUCUUGCUAGUUUGUCUUUAAGCAUAUAUGCACUUAUAAAAUGAAUUAUUAACUUGUCAUAUUUUAUUUGCCCAGAUAUGUUGAUACAGUAUAUGUAAAUCCAGAUAUUUAUGUUUUGUGUGUUACCAUUAAUGCUGUUUUUAGCAUUGCCAUUUCAUUAUUUAACGUAUUAAUCCACUGCAUCAAAUCAAAUAUUUGGCUUACAGUGUUGCUUUUCUAAAAAGGAACUUUGGCUGAAAGUACUGAACUGUGACUUGAAUCUUGCUUAAAUACGAAUUGAAUUGAACAAAUGUAUUCUGGUAAUAGUAUUAAUAAUUGUGCCAAUGACAGUAAUUAAAAUGUCAACGCAUUGCUGAUUUCUUCCAUUUUGUAAAAAACAGAAAUAAACGAAGCGAGUGCCCUUUU